UUUCCUGAUAAUCUUCGGAUUAAUGAAGUAGACAUGCGACAUGCAAUCUUAACAUUUAACACCAUUUUCGUUUAAAAGUCUUUUUCGCUCUUUACGUUUAACAUCGGGUAUUCUCGGUAUUUUCCGUAUUAUUUACCAUACCGACAAAAAUAAAAUGACAGACAGGAAAAAGAUAAAUUCUUCAGAAGAAAUUCCGAAAGAGUCUGACAGGCAGUUUCUCGAGAGGACUACUGUAGGAAUUUUGAUGAGAGAUGUGUUGGGGAAAAUCAUUGCAAAUAGACCAGAGGAUCCGAUGGCUUUUCUUGCUGACUAUUUUGGCUCAAUUGAAGACAACACAAGUCUAGUUCAACGUGCCAAUCAGAUAUUAAAGAUGACUCACUACAGUAGACCCUUGUUUGAAUCAAAUGUCAGAAGUGCCUAUGAUAUACUUGCAAGUCAUAAAGUGAGUAAGAAAGUAUAUGGUGUGAAUGGUAUAAUAUAUGCAGAUUUACUGCUGGCACUAUGCAGGAAUUUACCAGAUGCUGUUGUGACUAAAUUAUUACAAAAGAUAGAAUGUUCAAACCAUGAAGCUGUUCAUUAUGAUGUGUUUAAAUCUGGAGUGUUUGCUUGUUGUGUCCUUCAAGAUUAUGUAAAACUUGCCGAACAACUAUUCCAGUGCUUGGACAUUCAGAAAACUGGGAAAGCAAAUAAAUCAUUAUGUGAUAUAGUAGUAGAACAAUUACAUACAGCUCUUGGAAGCUCUAGAACUGAUGCUAGAAGAAUAUUAGAGAGUGGUUAUAAUCUAGGUGUUGACGGAUUAUACUUGGCCCUAGAAAGGGCAAUGUCAAGAAGCCAGCGUAAUGCUUCUCUACAAACUUGUGAUCAAUUUGUUACAGAAAUCUGUGAUGCUUUUUUAUGUAAAGUAAAGAAAUUCAGCUGAUGAAAAUAAAAA